AUCUCCAUUCUCCUUUUUCUCAGCCCCUCUACAACAGCGGGAGAGAAGAAGAGCGAGAGAGACCAGCUUCAUACUCGAAUUCGUAUAAAGCGCAUAUCCUACGUAUUUUAUACGUUACAGAUCGUAAAUACGCGAGUCCAAUGGCGGUCUCUUCAUUCCAACUCGCGUCUCUGAGAUUUCCAGGCAGAGAUUUUCGUUCUUCGUUUUCCCAUACAGACAGCAAGAAGAACUGCCUCUCCGUGUCAGCUUCUAUGGAGAGAGACUCGCAGAAAUCAGGGAAAGAACUCCUCCUCCAAUCAAAGGUUGAGAAUUUGUUAGAUAGCGUGAAAUGGGACGACAAAGGUUUGGCAGUGGCGAUUGCUCAGAAUGUGGAUACCGGAGCCAUCUUGAUGCAAGGCUUUGCAAACAGAGAAGCUCUUGCGACAACCAUUUCAUCACAAAAGGCGACGUUCUACAGCCGAUCACGGUCAUCACUGUGGACAAAGGGAGAGACGUCCAUGAACUUCAUUAAUGUGCAUGAUGUCUUCCUUGAUUGUGACCGAGAUUCUAUAAUAUAUCUUGGGAAGCCUCGUGGACCAACUUGUCACACAGGAUCGGAAACAUGCUAUUUCUCGUCAGUAUCUGAUCACUUAAAACAUCCACAGGAGGCCAGUGAAAAUCGCUUGGCAUUGACAAGUUUAUACUCAUUAGAGUCGACGAUUUCCCAACGCAAAACUGAAAUAGGGGCAAUUCAAAAUGGAAAGCCUUCUUGGACGAAGCGGCUAUUGCUUGAUGAGAAGUUGCUAUGCUCAAAAAUCCGGGAAGAGGCAAAUGAAUUAUGCCAGACUUUGGAAGACAAAGAAGAUAGGUCCCGGACAGCUUCGGAGAUGGCAGAUGUGCUUUAUCAUGCCAUGGUACUACUUGCCGUUAAAGACGUGAAAAUGGAGGAGGUUCUUGAAGUCCUUCGGAACAGAUUCUCUCAGUCAGGCGUUGAGGAAAAGAAGAGCCGAAGAUCAGGCAACCAGGUGGAACAGUAGCCCUUCAAACAGGUUUGGACCAAUCCGGUUCUUGCCACCAUUACAUGAUUUUCUUAUCAACUUUUCAUGGGACAACAUCUACAGUAUCCCUAGUUCAGGAAAUAUUUGUGUUUCUUUGUUGUACGUUCUUAAGUUAUUGCUGUUAUUUAUCCUUUUUGUUUCCAUAAAAAAUGAUAAACAAUCAUAAACCCACAAAAUGGGGUUUAGUUGGUACA